AUGGCCAUCUUCUCCAAGCCUGUACGAUGGCCAUCUCAACGAACGUCGAUUCUCGUGCUCGCUGUCGUCCUCCUACUUCGGUCCAGGUUGACCGAAAUCCCCAAGGAAGCUCUGGCGAAACUCCGCGUCGUCGUCAACAGGGAGCACUUGUCCCAGGAAGAACUCUUGCGUGUUCUCCAAGAGGUAUAUCUCAAUGAGGACGACGGCAGCAAGACCCUACUCGUUCCGUAUCGUGACCAGGUGUCUAGGGUCAAUGUAAAACCGACACCUAAAUCAAAGUUCACAUCCGAUGCGCCUUACUUUCCUCUUCUACCGCCCUCAGCAAAACCGAAUAUCGACUUGACCUUCUUCCGUCAGCUACGCGCAAUUUUGUUUCGAAUAGCUAUUCCGUCCCUCCGGUCAAAGGAGGCUUUCAUCGUCGCCUUGCACUCCUUCUUCUUAGUCUCGCGAACGGUCCUGAGCAUCGCUGUUGCAAGGCUCGAUGGGAUCAUUGUCAGGGAUCUAGUUCGGGCGGAUGCUAAAGGCUUUCUCAGAGGACUAGUCUUGUGGUUCCUGCUUGCAAUACCUAGCACAUAUACAAACUCCAUGAUCCGGCAUCUUCAAUCAAAACUCUCACUCAGACUGCGGUCGCGGUUGACACACUACACCAGCGACCUCUACCUCUCCUCGUAUCCGGACCUACGGUUCUACCGAUCUGGCCUUGAAGGUGUCGAUCAGUACAUCACUGCUGAUGUCGAGUCUUGGGCAGAGGCUCUGUCGGUGUUAUACGGAAAUGUCCUCAAACCGUCGCUCGACCUUGUCCUAUUCACAAGUCAACUUUCCCGAUCCCUAGGUGCUCGGGGUACGGUAUUGUUAUUUUGCAACUAUUACGCAACUGUGGCAAUCCUCCGUGCUGUGACACCAGCGUUUGGAAAACUCGCUGCUGUCGAAGCCCGGCUCGAAGGCGAGUAUCGAGCGGGGAUGGGAAGAGUCGAGCGGGAAAGUGAAGAAAUCGCAUUCUAUGACGGUGGGGCUCGUGAAAGGAACAUCCUUACGGCUGCGUACAUGCGAUUAAUUAAGCAUGUUAAUUCGAUUUACAAAAUCCGCAUAGCUUAUGAAUGGACGGAAGACUUUGUCAUAAAGUACCUGUGGUCAGCGGCAGGAUAUGUGCUCAUCGCGGUGCCUCUUCUGUACACGCGACGACGGCGACACGCUCAACAUGAGAGACCCAACUCUGUGGAGGAAGGAAAUGCAGUAGCGAAUCGAACAGAAAGCUAUAUUUCCAACCGACGUCUUCUCGUUUCCCUAGCUGACGCCGGAGGCAGACUGAUGUACGCAUACAAAGACUUGUUAGAGUUAGCAGGUCUUACGACGCGACUUUACACUCUUUUUUCAACGCUACAUAACCUGCCGCCCCUGCCUGCCGCAGCCAGUGAACUAGAUAACACCAUUGAACUUUCUCAUGUUGAUGUUGGAAUUCCGUUGACCAACAAGGCGAUUCUUGACUCGCCGGAGAAGGAAAAGGAGACUCCACCACUCGUUAAAGAUCUGUCUUUGAUCUUACGGGAAGGGGAGCAUCUCAUGAUUACUGGGAGUAAUGGCGUUGGAAAGACCGCCGUCGCACGCGUCCUAGCUGGUUUGUGGGCGCCGCAAGGUACAAACGAUACCCAGAUUAAGCGUCCCAAGAACAGUGGAGGCCGCCCGGGCGUGUUUGUGGUACCUCAACGAGCGUAUAUGGUUACAGGGAGUCUUCUUGACCAGAUGAUUUACCCACACUCGUAUGCGGAAUUUUUAGAGUCAGGGAAGACCGAGAAGGAUCUGAGGAAUAUCUUGGAGAUGGUGUAUCUUGCGUAUUUGCCGGAAAGAGAGGGUGGAUGGACGACGAGGAAAGAGUGGAGGGAUGUAUUGAGCGGGGGUGAGAAACAAAGGAUGAGUCUAGCUCGCGUCUUCUAUCAUCAGCCCGAGUUCGCGAUUUUGGAUGAAUGUACUAGCGCCGUGUCUAGUGACGUUGAAGGACGUAUGUACGAACAUCUCAAGGCGCAAGGUAUCACUUUGAUCACCAUCUCCUUACGUCCAUCACUGUCGAAAUAUCAUACGCGAUUGCUGACAUUGCACGGUGAUGGAACAGGUAGUUGGUCUUUGACGCGCGUGGGUACGGCGGAGGAGCGUGUGGGUAUUGACAGAGAGAUAAUCACCUUAGAGAACAAAUUGAAGGAAGUUGAUGAAUGGGAGAAACGGCUGAAAGAACUUGAUGCCCUUUUGUCCGUCCAGGAGCCCGCAGAGGAUGAUAGUGUUGUAAUAUAAUUUUGAAUCAUGUAACAGUGUACAUUGUGGGGUACAAAUAUGAUACAGUUUAAUGUGCGUGCAAACGUUACAUGGGAACCGAGGAUAUAAGUUGAAGGGGGGUAUACAAGAAAGAAGUUCAUGUCAAAACUUCCAGCUUCAUACGAUCGUAAAACACUCGUGUCGUAGUCUUAUCCUGACCACUGGCAGUGGCCUUCAUGCGACAGAGUCCCCUGAAAGCGAUUUCGAACGAAAAGCGAUGGUCUCUGCCGGCUCCGCGAUAGCUAACGUAGGGAUAGGACGCUCGCAAGCGGGAAAUCAGUGCAUCGUCUUUGAGCAAAUGC